GGCCGGUAGGUUCAAUGAUUUGAGCAACGGCUUCAUCAAUACAGGUCUACGGUACUCUCGCUCCCGAGGCACCAGCUCACCAAUUCUGAAUCAGCGGUCUCCAACAAGCCCGAGAAUGGGUAUUUACGUCUCCACCUCAGUAGUUGAAGCAAGGGUCUCGGUGUGCCUGUUCUUAUUUCCCCCGGGGUGGAACUCUGAGCUGAACCCUGGCAUCGUUUCCUUGCAUGCUCUCCGUGUCUUUUGCUCCAACCGCGCUCUUAUUAUGGAGUCAAUUGGGAGAUUGCUCAGGAGUGUCUGAUUCACCUGGCGGCUAAUUUUUGGCCAGACAUCCUCACCAGCUAUCGAAUAUCUCUCAGCAUCACAGUGCAAUAGUGCAUGGCUUUCCUGUGGAUAUAUCUUUUGCCCCGUUCUCUUGGCUGACCGUGUCUUGGAUCAUCAAGCCGACAAUUGCUACGUUCCAUCGAGGAUCCAUGCCACCCAUUGCCUCGGAACGAUCUCAUGCAAAAGCAAGACUCCCAACUCCUCUAUCUAGUCCCAAGACGUACGCUAUAAGGUAAUAUCGCGAUUGUAUGGGGACUUUUUGGAAGGCAGCGUCAGGAGAUAACCGGGCAUGACAUCCUUACAAUUGCCGCAUGAGGCGAUUAAGCAUAACCGGACUCAGGUUCCGAACGAAUCAAUCAUCGUAGAGGCGGCGGGAGGCAGAAACAGGCAACCUGUAUCCUACACGCUAAGUAGCCUGUUUGGAGUACCUAACUAGCUUCCGUGCAAACGCCUGCUACCCCAAAAAGAAAAGGUUCUGGAAACUUACUCAGAAGAGUCGACCACGCCUCAUGUCGACAUUUUGGGUGUCGCCUGUAUUUCGGACAGUAUACGACAAUGGGCAAUCCCCCCUCGAGCGGUGCGCGCCAACCGCAAGAUUCCGAUACCUCGUUUCGUCUUGCUCCAACUCAGUCCUAUUCCUCACAACGAGGGAUAUUUGCGAAUGGCCAUGGGUGUUUGAGCCUAUCCCUCUAUAGCUCGAUGUCCGGCCGAUGCUACGGCCAACGUUCGACAUGGGCCUUUUCACCUUGGAGAAUAGCGUAUCCCAGGCGAUUGAAGCGAAUAUGCCUUCACCCCGCAGAGCAUCGACUUAUUACGUUUGAAUAUCCACUUGAGCCCACUGAAUAAAAUAGGUGAACAGGAUGGCUUGACUUGUUGUUAAACUCAUUCAACCUAAAGCUAUGAAAUGGCGUAUCGGUGCAUCCUGUUUCCCUUUGCGAAAUACAUCUACGCUGGGUACUGACAGACGAUAGAGAAAGGCCACAUGAAAGCAUCUGAUGCGAUAGCAAACAGAACAACCUUGAAUGUCAGGAUCUCGUCUGCGGGCGUCAGUGUGCUUGGCGAGUAGUGAGAUUGGGAACUGAUCAUUCCACAAAGGGCAUGUGGGAAAGUCUUGGGAGAGUCUUGGAAAAGUCUUGGGAGAUAGAUGGAAAGGCUUGGAGGAGAAUGGUUGGGGAGUUGGAAAGCUUGGUAUUGGGGUCAUAAUCGCAGGCAUUCAAUUGCAACGCCAGUCCGCUUAUAGCCGUCUCUGGCCUUUGUCUUUUGCCCCUCCCCCAGACGAAGGCCAAGAAGAUAAUAUGCUGCUGAUUGGAUCCCCCCGCAACGUAGGGAGGUUUCUUGUUCCUUGUGAGAUGGCAAGUUGGAACUGUACGUAAUGGAAUACUAACAAUCAGCAACUUCUCCGCAAUUUCCUGGAGUUGAGACAAGCUCGGACAUGUGGAGGAGAAAGCUUAUGAAAAACGUCUUGUCGUGUAAGACGAACGUUGGUUGUCGUUUAUAAGGUUCAGGUUUACGACAAGCCCACGUUUGUUGGUGCAUGACUAACGGCAGACCAUGCCCCCCCGAGGAUCAACCAUGGUGGCUCGAAGGAGGGAGGACAUGGGCAGUGCGGCAGUCCUGGUACUGCUUCCCCGUGAUGAUUUGCCCAAUGAAUAGGACUUUUUGAUGCCCUGGCUAGGUUGCUCCCGACUUCUAACCAGAACUCAAUAACUACUGAUUCCUGUCGAAUUCGCUUCGGUGAAUCCAUACCUAGAUCACGCGAGCUGACAUGAGCUUUGGCCAGGUACAUAGGAGAAGAAGCCAACUGUCUCCUGGACUUGACUGAGGCCCAUGUGUGCGCUCUUUUCAACCUGGCAGUACUAGUCGGACCAUCCUUCGUCAAUAUUAUUUGACUAAGAGAUUUGCGAAAAUGUCUUGGCUAAAUUCAGCAAGUCUCUAUCGAGGGUUUGUCAGUCAUGUUCAAGUGACAUGAUUAAGGAAGGCAUGGUCCCGUUUCUCAAGGUGUGGAAUACACCUUUGGAUCACGUUCUUUGGGGGAAGAAGAUGAAAGAAGCUUCGGGUUACGGGCAUAUUCUUGGCAUAGACUCUAUCUCGGCGAUGCACAGCUGCGAAUAUGAUGAAAGGUAUGCAUAUGGUGUGUUAUUGACGGUGAAGGGUUACCCAGACAAUUACAUAGUAGGAUCAGUUAUCUGUCGUACUUUGACUACUACUAUUAUUAUUAUAGGUAAUCAAUUUGAGCUGGAAUUGUUCCCAUUGUUUUCAAGGUUUUGAGGGGCAACGGACAAUACUAAAGCACGGCUUGAUGGC